AUGGCCGCGCCGGCGGACAUGAAGACGUACACGGGACGCUGCCACUGCAACGCGACGCUCUUCACCGUCACGAUCCCGCCGCUCGAGACGGGCGCCUCGACCGUGACCCGGUGCAACUGCUCGAUCUGCACCAAGUCGGGCUACAGCCUGGUGUACCCGCUGCGGGAGCACGUCACGUUUCUGCGAGGCGAGGGCGAGCUGCGGGCGUACGUGUUCGGCAAGAAGGUUCGCACGCACCGCUUCUGCGGCGUGUGCGGGACGAGCGUCCUGAUCGACUUCAAGGACGUGCCGAAUCCGGAUAUCAGCAAGAGGAUGGCCGUCAGCAUCAACACUUUCGACAACAUCGAGGAUCUGAUCGCGGACGGGAAGAUAACGUGGAAGACGGGCGACGGAAAGCAUUUAAUGGACCCUCCGUAUGCGCCUCUCCAUCCGUCAGCGUCGGCGUAGGAAAUUUAGAUCGAGAAAAUAGAAAAGAAAAGAAGAGAACAAAAAAAUAAAAGAGCUCGUUAGUGUCGACGUCAUAGAUCUUGAGUAGCAAUCGAGAAGAAGACCAUUUUCUAUC